CGAAUACCCAUCAACAAUAACUUGUCAACAUGCAGGUAUUGUUCAGCAAAAUAGUCUGUACUGAUCAUGGAUAUGGAUGCUCUGAGAGCAGCUCGAAAGAGUUGCGCCACAGAUGGGAAUAAUUCCGGCAGCAUCCGUACUGUUUGAAUUCAAUCGAGUCCCUUGAUACUUUGUGACCCAUGUCGACGAACGGUAGACCGGGGCGGAUGUUAUAGCAAGCAUGGAAGAGGCAUUUGCUUCAGGCGCCUUCAGUGAGCCGCCGAAGAGAGCUCCAAAGCUUGCAUUGGACACAAAACAAUCUGCAGAAUCUAUAGAUAUCAUCGUCAACGAACUUGGAUUAACGCGACAUUUAGCUGAGCAGGCACUCGCAAAGCACAACGGGAUCUCAUCGCUACUCUUCGCAACCUC